ACGGUCAAAAUCAAAAACCCCUUUCACUCCUGUAAGCUAAAACGACGCCGUCUUCGCACUUCCCUCUCAUUUAAACCAGACAUCAGGAACAAAUUCUCGCAUCAAAACCCUAGAACCCGAGCUCCCCAAUUCAGCAAUGGCAAUCGCACGAACCGGAGUUUACGUCGACGACUAUUUGGAGUAUGCAAGUACAUUGCCAGCUGAGCUCCAAAGACUUCUCAAUACGAUCAGAGAACUCGAUGAAAGAUCCCACUCAAUGGUAAACCAGACAAGGCAACAGACAAAGUACUGCUUGGGAUUGGCUACGCAGGGUCCAAAGAAAGGGAAUGGUAGUAAUGGUAAUGAAGAAGAGGAGGUAAUGGAGAAAACGCGAAAAGAUAUUGAGGCAAAUCAGGAUAAUGCAUUGAAUUUAUGCACAGAGAAGGUUCUGUUGGCACGGCAAGCUUAUGAACUUAUAGAUAGUCAUAUAAAACGACUUGAUGAGGAUCUGCACAACUUUGCAGAAGAUCUAAAGCAAGAGGGUAAAAUAGCACCAGAUGAGCCAGCAAUUCUUCCACCGUUACCCAUUAUUCCUAAGAGUGAGAAACGCAAGUUCACCGUAUAUGGGACACCACAAUCAAAGAGGCUUGAUUUCAGGGACAGAGAAUGGGACCGAGAGCGGGAUAGAGAUUUUGAGCUCAUGCCGCCUCCAGGUAGCCAUAAGAAGGAUUUCUCUGCUCCCAUGGAUGUUGAUCAACCCAUCGAUCCAAAUGAACCUACCUACUGUGUUUGUCAUCAGGUGUCAUUUGGGGAUAUGAUUGCUUGUGACAAUGAAAAUUGCCAAGGAGGUGAAUGGUUCCACUACUCGUGUGUUGGACUUACGCCAGAGACAAGAUUUAAAGGAAAGUGGUAUUGUCCAACCUGCAGAUUGCUUCCUCAAUCUCAAUGAUCCUACAUAUUGUAUGACUUAAAUUGCUUUAGUGAAUUUUUUAUUUGUGUUGUUUCUUAAUCUCUUUCAUGUUGAAAGAUAUGGGGGAAAAUUAUCUCUCUAAAUUAACCAAUGUAGUUAAGUUUGUGAUC